AUGGAAGGCAAAGAAGAGGACGUGAAUGUGGGGGCUAACAAGUUCCCGGAGAGGCAACCGAUCGGUACGUCGGCGCAGACGGAGAGCAAGGACUAUCAAGAACCACCUCCGGCGCCGUUUUUCGAACCCGGCGAGCUCAAAUCAUGGUCCUUCUACAGAGCCGGCAUAGCCGAGUUUAUCGCCACUUUCCUUUUCCUCUACAUCACCGUUUUGACAGUCAUGGGCGUCAAAAGAGCUCCCAAUAUGUGCGCUUCCGUCGGAAUCCAAGGAAUCGCUUGGGCUUUUGGUGGCAUGAUCUUCGCUCUUGUCUACUGUACUGCCGGAAUUUCAGGAGGACACAUUAAUCCGGCGGUGACGUUCGGUUUGUUCUUGGCGAGGAAGCUGUCUUUGACAAGAGCUCUCUUCUACAUAAUAAUGCAGUGCCUUGGAGCUAUCUGUGGUGCUGGUGUGGUCAAGGGUUUUCAAACAGGACCGUACCAGGCGAAUGGCGGUGGUGCCAACGUGGUAGCUCAUGGCUACACAAAAGGUUCAGGUCUUGGUGCAGAGAUUAUUGGAACUUUUGUUUUGGUCUACACUGUUUUCUCAGCUACUGAUGCUAAGAGAAGUGCUAGAGACUCCCAUGUCCCUAUCUUGGCUCCUCUUCCAAUUGGGUUUGCUGUCUUCUUGGUGCACUUGGCCACCAUCCCAAUCGCUGGAACCGGUAUUAACCCGGCCAGGAGUCUUGGAGCUGCCAUUAUCUACAACAAGGAUCAUGCUUGGGACGACCACUGGAUCUUUUGGGUCGGUCCUUUCAUUGGUGCUGCUCUUGCUGCUCUGUACCAUCAGAUAGUCAUCAGAGCCAUUCCUUUCAAGUCCAAGUCAUAA